GCUGAUGCCACUACUGGUGACCUGCUGAACACCUGUGCAUCAAGAUCACACUACAAUGAAAACAUUGUUAUCAAGCUGGACUUGUUUCACUGUUUGAGGCGGUUCCUCCGUGAGUGUUUGUCAGAGCAUCAUCCUCUCUACAGUUCCUUUGCUCAGUUCCUGUUGGCAGCCUUUUCAGUGGUGGAUCAGGAAGACCUGCAAAGGCUUAAAGAGGCAUAUGUCUUCCGUGGAAUUCAGCCUGCCAACCCAACAAAGGCACACAUUCGUGAGCACUGCAGGAACAGAAUUCCACAGCCUGAAGAGCUUGUCAAGAGAGUUGAGGGAGUUUUCCAGCACUUUUACCUCCCAACUGAUCCAAAUGGUGCUCCUCUCUUCAAGCCUUCAAUGCUGAAGACAUGGCGGAUUCAGCGCGUACACAUCUUGCGCAGGUGCCUGAGUGAUCCUGAGGUUGAAGGUGGGAUCUUGUACAGGCACGGAGGAACACUGCAGCUAAACCACGUGCAGGGGGAAGGUGCUAGUGUUCCUGUGUGGAUCCCCAUCAGAGGCACUUCACAGCAAGAGGGAUACCAUUUCCAUCAGGCUCAGUGGGUCACUGGAACACGCGUCUCCCCAGAGCUGUUCCAAGCCCAGGGGAUGACAGGGGUGGCACGGUGGAAUUACCAGCGCCUGGUGGACUUCAAACAGCCAGAUGUUCACCUCCCAAGUGUCUUUGAUCCAGCUUUGAUGGCACAACUAAAUGCAGUCUCUGAAAGAGUGCUGGGGCAUGUUAAGUAUGCUGCUUUUCAUUUCACUGGCUCAGACACUAGAGAGAAGUUUGGCUUGGAAUAUGUUGAGCCUGGUUGCCGCCCAGUUCCUCUAGACUGGGAUAAACACAGGAGCAAGACAGACCUAACCCAUGCCUUGAAUCCCCCUCCUCAAAGCAGCCCACCCACUGCCCAGGCUGAGAUUCCACAGUCAUCCUCCAGGUCACUACCCACGCUGUUUCAGUUUGCUGCAUGCCCUCCUGCUGAUGUUAAACCAGAUGACGCUCCAAGUACAACCCCAGAGCCGCAGACAGAGCCAGAAAUCAGAAGUCCGCUGUCUCUCCCCUUCCUUUCCUCACCAAGUGGUGCUCGCACUGGACCGGUGAAGACAGGUGGAAGGGUGUUUGUGUUGGACCACAAGCGCUGGCCAACCCCUAUGAAAAAGGCUAUUGACGACCUUCUUCAUAAACACCGUGGCCAGAAGGACAUGCUCAAGCUUGUAGACCAGGACUAUGCUGGUCUAGUUUACAACUCGUGUAAAGACCCAAACAGCAUGCUCCACCCAACAACCAAACUACACAUUGCACAGUAUUUAAAGCACCUCAGCAAACUGUUAAACACCAGCUCCUCUUUAAAUACCAGCCCAGAAAAACUGCAAGACAGGCAGGAACUCUGGCACUCUCUGACUAAGGGGAGUAAGACCACCAGUGUGCCAGUUGUUACCAUGUCUGCUACAGUUGUUAAUCCACCACCACCUGUGCAGACCCAGGCCACACCUCUAACUCAAGACUCUAUUGAGAAAAUAGUUAGAAACAUAAUGGACAAACAGCAGCAGCGACAACAACAACAGCCAGCACAAAAAAAAUCACAGACAAAAACAUGUCUUUCCUGUGGCCAGCCAAAGUCGCGGUAUGAGAACGAUGGUUCUUCCAUCCACUUCUUUUACCAGCAAGGACCUGUCAGGUAUUUCUACUGCUCCACUAAGGUUUUUAAAGCCUAUGGUGCUGAAGGUCUGACAAACCCAAAAAUGCCCUUUAAUGACUUUGCGCAGACAGAGUUCUUUCAGCAGGAACUGGAUGCCACAAAGAAAAGGGUGGAGGACAGAGGACAGCAAAAGAGGAUAAGGACCCCCACACAGGAGCCCCAGCUCACAGGUCGCAAGUGUCGGUUUUGCAGAAUGGAACUGAAGCAGGGCCCAAACAGUCCUCACAUUCACACCGGAUUCCCUGGCGUAGCAGGGAAGUACAUUUACUGCCCCGCUAAAGUCUUUUCUAUUUACAAAGACCAGGGCAUGGAGAAGGAGAUGUCCUGGAAAGAGUUCCAGGAGUCUGCUUUUUAUGAGUCAGAAAGACAGAGGUGGGAGGUCAAAAAAGGAAAAUGAUGGACAA